AUCACUCCCCUAAUGGGCCUGAAGAAAAUGGGGAAGACAACACUCCUGGGACUGUCGUACGAUAAUAAUAUGGAGUGGAGGGUGGAGCAUGAGUUGUUCCCGAAGCAUUUUACCGCAUGGGAGCUGGACAAAACGUAUCACGUGGUGCUCAAAAUGCGUGACGGUGUGGGCUCCGUGUACGUUGACGGGACUCCCCUUUGGAAUAUGAGUCUGAGAAAUUCGUUCAAUGAAGGGCUGGACGCGGUCUCACACUUUUACUUUGGCGCGUACGAUGAGCAGUUGAGCAGCGGAAAAAUCCAUGCGACGGUGGCGAACGUCUUUCUGUACAACCGUCCGUUGAAUGAAACUGAGAUUGGCGCCCUCAACGCGAAUAAAGUCACCAUUCCACCUCCGGAAAGGAAGCCGGUGCCGGCGGCGGCAGCUACUUCCCCGUCCGUUGAAUCUGCCAACGAUAGGGUGAACACAAAUACACAGCCAACUGUGCCAUCGCCUGCUACUGCCGGACCACAGCAGACGGACCAGGCAACUUUGAACACGAGCAGUGUUCCGAGUGGUGGCGCUCCAUCCACACCAGCGGAGCCGAAAUCAGAAGAGCCCAAACCAGCGGAGUCGAGGCCAGAAGAGCCCAAACCAGCGGAGUCGGAAUCAGAAGAGCCCAAACCAGCGGAGCCCAAUGCCGCGACAUCCUCAGCAAGGGAGGGAACUGCAGACCAGCCGGUAUCUGCCACAUCUUCCGAUGGACAUGAAGCUCUGGCAUCUGUUACAUCUUCAAGCGCCGCCAUUACUGAUGUCGGUGCUUCCUCAUCUGAUGAUGCACAAACGGUGGGGACGGAAGGUGGAGAUAUGAUGCAGGCAGAUCAACCAACCCAAUUCUCUGUGGGCACCCCCGACGCAGCAAAUGCAGCAACACAUAACGCUGAAGGCAAGGGACAAGAAGGGCUCCAUCCACAGGUCAAGGAAGCAGAGGCGGCGACACUCAGCAGCAGCCUUUUAAAUUCGUCGCAGUGGGAUAACAGCGUUGCUGGUACUAUGCGUGAGAGCGGACUGCUGCCGCUGCUUCUUCUGCUGGGGCUGUGGGGGUUUGCGGCUGCGUGA